AUCUAGGAUUCAGCUGCAUUUGUGGGGUUUGGUGUGGAGGAAGAAAGAGGAUAGUGGUGUUAGCUUCACGCUGGACAUCCAGCAGAUGCAACCUGGUCUUGUCCUGUCUCAGGCGUGCUGCCUACAGACCGAAGUUGAAGGAAGCUUCACCAUGUUAAACAAGUGCCACUAUCCUUGAAAGGGUUGGCGUAUUCUUGGAUGUACUGGAUAAAUUUUUGAACUGAGGAAAUUUUGUAUCUGUGAUAUUUCAGACAUGGUUGAAAAUAGAAGGUUUCUGCUCCUGUAGUACUUUGAGUGCUGCUGUGUUAAAAUUUUAAGCCAAUAAUAGGAGCUGCAAAUUACUGUAGGAAACACAAACUGUCUUUGAAGAUAAUGCUCUGGAUUCUGCUUCAGAGUGAUGAAGCAAAGCCUUCGGCUGUUUUUGCUAUAAUGUACAAAUUUCAUACGUAAUUAAGAGCUUUCACUGACCACCCUCCUCUUUUCAUGAGAAACUCUCUGGCCAGCUUUUGGAAAUAAGAACCAUAGCAAAGAUGAAAAAAUACUAGUUGUAAUUCUGAAGCAUUUCAGAAGACGAGCUCAUUUGUCUUCCGCCUGUUGCUCGAGCAGAAGGUCCUUCUGCAAAGGCACCUGCCCAGAGUCCAGGUGACCUUGGCUCCUGCAGGAAAGUAGAUCGUUACAUGACAAGUCAGCAUGAUGGAAGAUUAUUGGGAGAUUAAGCUAACGUAAUAAAAACUCUGCAGGCUCUGCUGAGGAGGAUCAGAAUGGGUUUAGGAUGUUUAUAGUUUAGGCUGCUGCACUCGUGUUUUUCUAUAACAUGGAUGCAGAUUCUUACACAAAAGGCUUUGUUUUGCCUGUUGAUGCUGUUACAAAGUAGGUUAAUGUUCUUCAACAAACAAACAAGCGUAAUGGCUAGCUAAAACCUUAAGCAUUUUGGAUUAAAAUUCCUUAGGACCAAGGUAUCUGGGAAAUACUAGUGAUAAUCUUAGUCUAAUUUUUUUUGCUAUAGUUCAUUUAAUUAAUUUUAUUGCUCAUUUUCUGCUUCAAACUGCAGAGGUUAAAAGCAAAAAUGAAGGUAUCUACUGUGCCAAGGUGGCUGUUGCAGUGUUUCCUUGCUAAAGCUGGAACUGUCCUGCUAGCAGUUGUGGGGGGACGUCUCCGCUCUCUCCAGGCACAAGGCGCGCUAGAAAGUCUGCGGGACGGAGACGCUGCCUCUAAGCUCUCCUGGAGAUGUUUGCAAGGGCAUUUGUGCCCACAGUGCCCAGCCCUCGGAGGAGCAGCAGGAACCCUCGUGGCAGAAAAGCUUCAUUCGCUCACAGUCGCAGACCCAUCUUUGGCCAUGAGCUGCCCCGAGUCUCAAAAGGCAGCAAGUGAGAGUAAUGCCGAUUCCCCGCAAAAACAAGUUAUCUUCAAGAAAAGCUCCCGUGACAAAGCUCUGACUGUCUACCUGGGAAGGCGCGACUUCAUCGACCACAUAAAGAGUGUGGAUUCUGUCGAUGGUGUUGUAUUGGUGGACCCUGCACUUAUCAAGGAGAAAAAAGUGUACGUGACGCUGACGUGCGCUUUCCGCUACGGCCAGGAAGACAUUGAUGUGAUUGGCCUCACCUUCCGCAGGGACCUCUUCUUCUCUAGGGUCCAGGUGUACCCGCCUGCUGACAAGCCAGGGACGCUCUCCCACUUGCAGGAAUCUCUGUUAAAGAAGCUGGGCAAAAACGCUUACCCCUUUCUUUUUACAUUUCCCGAUUACCUGCCUUGUUCAGUCUGCUUGCAGCCUGCACCUCAUGAUGUUGAUAAGAUCUGUGGAGUGGACUUUGAGGUGAAGGCUUUCUCGACAGAGAAUGUGGAAGAGGACAGGAUUCACAAGAGGAACUCGGCGCGCCUGUUGAUCCGUAAGGUACAGUAUGCGCCGGAAGAGCCAGGACCCCAACCAUGUGCGGAGACCACCUGGCAGUUCUUCAUGUCCGACAAGCCGUUGCACUUGAAAGCGUGCCUCAGUAAAGAGGUGUACUACCAUGGUGAGCCCAUUCCAGUCACUAUCACCGUCACCAACAGCACAGAGAAAACAGUCAAGAAGAUCAAAGUGACAGUGGAGCAGGUCGCCAACGUGGUUUUGUACUCAAGUGACUACUAUACAAAAGUAGUAGCUGCAGAGGAAGCACAGGAGAAGGUGCAGCCAAACAGCAGCCUCACCAAGACGCUGACAAUUCUGCCCUUGCUAGCAAAUAACCGGAAGACCCGGGAAAUAGCCCUGGAUGGAAAGCUAAAGGAUGAAGACACCAACUUGGCUUCUAGUACCGUCCUUAAGGAUGGAAUAGACAGGACGGUGAUGGGGAUUCUGGUUUCCUACAAGGUCAGAGUGACGCUCACUGUCUCAGGCAUGCUGGGAGACUUCACCUCCAGUAAAGUGAGCACAGAGCUGCCAUUUCGUCUCAUGCACCCCAAACCUGAGGAUAAUAACACAGCAGGAAGCCUUUAGAGUCCAGAAGAGGCCAGCAAGGGGACUGCUAUAUUUAUCAACCCCAAGGCACACAUAACAGGGAGAAGGGAUGCUAAGAUGAGAGAAGGUGGAACAGGAUCCUGCUCCUUUUUUCUUUCAUCUGUGGAAUCACAACUGCAAUCGCAGGGCCUCGGGGAAGCAUUGCACAGUUAAAUCUCACAACUACCAUGCAAAAUGUUCUGAAUGCAGCUGUUAACAAUUUCCAGCCAGAUUCCAAGAUAGCAAACAACAGUCUUUCACAGAAAACACCUAAAACACAUGAGCAUUUUAAAAAAACAGAAUACUUUUAAGCAGAGUUAAGAGGUGAAAAAAAAUGUUGGUGGUUUUGGACAAAAAAAGUUGGACAAAUAAAAUUACCGCUAUGCUGAUGUUGCCUUGACCACAGUGUCUAUGGUGUGGUCCUAAUAUUAAGUAUCUGUGUGUAGGUAUCUGAGAGCAAUACCUGUUCAGCGCCAAGUCAGUAAACGGAAGUGUAGGAUCUUUAAAGCUGGCAGGAAUCCAUCCUGAGCCCAAAUUUACCUGAAGCUGCUGUAUCUAAGAACAUGACCACUAGAAAAAGAUGAAGGAGCCUACAAAAUGAGUUAUCCAGAGAUAGGAGCUAUGUUCUGUACUGGAAGCCAGGCAUUAAAAAGGGGUGGCCCUUAGUCUUGGUUGUGUGAAAUUGUUGGAGGAAACAAAUGUGAAUAAUGAGGAGAGAAGACUGAGGGUCCUUUCCCCACUCAUGUUGCUCUGGUUGGGAAUCAGCGUUUGCUAAUUAUGGAGGUGCCAGAGCAGAGAAAGGUAGGUUUCUUCACUGCCCUUUGAGAAUUGCAGCACAGAAAAUUCCCAUUUCCAUGGGGAAAACCUCUGCUGUGAGCUGUGCCAGCAGGGCCUCUCGGCAGAGACCCAGCACGUGCUCAUGGGAGAAGUUUUCUGCACACAUUACACCCCCAUCAGAGCAACGCCAGGAGUCCAUGGACAAAUCUGUCCUCCCUUCCCUUCUUGCCCCCUCUCUGCUGUGGCUGCGGAGGAGACAGCCAUGUCACUGGGGAGCAGCACAGGAUGCCCCACAGCCCGGGGCGGCCUCUAUCCCGCCCCAAGGGAGGGGCAGGUUGGCUCCUCAGUUGGUCCGUAGCCUUGGGAAGGCUGGACCACCUGGGAGAAGCUGCUGCAACACAAACACUUUUGUUAGCGUAGCUGUGUCCAUGUUACGCAUUUCCCUUUCACGCUGCUGGCCUGUAAAGCUGCACCAGCAGAAGGGGGACACUACUGCGCACUUGGUCAUGAUCUCCGGUGUUGACUUGGGGUUGGUAGGAGAGCAGCUUGGCAAGGGUCUUGCCCCCUGCUCUGGCAGUGUGUGCACACUGAAGUGUUUCCCUCAGACUUUCCUGUAGCAGUUCCCCAAGCCCAGGAGGCUGGAAGGGCUGGGGCCAGCACUGGUGUUCCCAGGAAGGUAGCUGGUGAGGGCCAUCUAGUGUCAGUGGGGAGCCUCAUACCGCAGAGGUGGCAGGGCAGCUCCAGGCCCCAAAAUCUGGAGCUUUCAUGGAUUCCGAGGAAAGCUGGAAAACUUCAAACAGGGACCGUCCAAAGACUCAGGCAUCUGUAAGGAAUUUUGUGUGUAUUUUUAGUGUGGUGUGAAUUUUUUUGUCAUGACACUAUGUUUCAGUGUUAACAAUACCCCAACCCCCUUUUUUGCUACCCUUGCCUCAGGCAGAUAAUUCUGGCAGAAGCAAUUGGAAUAUGAAGAAAAAUGGAAGUCAGGCAGCUCUCCCCCCUAAGAUCAUUUCAAAGAAUGGCUGAUAUACUCUCUUUUAUAUAGUGCACUCCGAAGGAUGUGAGCAGAAGACUUCACAAGGGAAAUAGAGAACUGCAGUACUUCACAGAUCACUUCCCCCAACACAUCCUCUUACUAAAGACGCAGCCCACAUAUUGUUUGCAACAUCAAAGUCAUCUAAGAGCUUGCUGUCAGGAGAGAGCUGUGGUUCACGCCUUUUGUACAAACAGAAAUGGCAGGUUUCUUCUAACUUGACAGAAGCCGGGUAGUUUCAGGAGCUAUCCCAUGGGAAAGCCAUACAAACAGUUAAGUUUGGAGAAACAAAUGCUUUCUCUUCAAAAAAGGAAAGUAGAACCCAAAGGCAAAUUCCCCUGAAGCCUGUAGAGCUGAUUUGAAAACUCCUCUGAAGUGUGGUGUCUGAGCUCACUACGGAGAAUAAAACAGCCUCUCAAAUGAAGCUGGUAAACUAAAAAUCUUUCCGGCUGUAUUGGCUGGUAGUUUUCCAUGCUCUGUGUCUAAUCACUCUUCUCGGUUGUGUGUUCAUGCUUUGGAGAUGCACUUUUUAUUCUAUCGGCUUAGUACAUAAACUCUGAGAGAAGAUGUGCUUCAUUAGUGAAAUAACAUCUAAUUUGGAAUCAAGUGAAUCAAGACUUAAUUGCAGAGAUGGAGCUUCAAUAAGCAGUGUUCAGACUCUUAAAGGCCCCACAAGUUAAAAUACUUCUUUUUCCAUUUAUUCGGCAGCCUCGGCAAUGGAUGUAGGCAAGGGUGCAUGGCCAGGGGAUUUUGAGAUCACUCCUUAUCUUCUUUUUCCAUUCCCUUUUGUUUUUACUGAUGAGUCAGUAGUAACAAAUUUGACUGUUGCACUUCCCUGCUUAUUCUACUGCCACUUCGUCUUAAGAUACAGCCAGGAGAAAGAAAAAAACGUCAAAGCGACCAGCUUGUAGAGCCAAAGGUAAAGUGGGCUUAAAAAUAUGCCUGCACAUGAGACAAGGUACCACAUAUUAUGGUUUAUUCCCUGCACUGGGGUAAUCCCCCUUUUCCUUCUCUAGUCAAGGUGAUUUAUGGCAAGAGUAAAUAAAACAUGUUUAGCAUUAGUAUGUUUAAUUGUGCAGAGCUGAUUUGAGUGUAGAGAACCUCAGACAGAAUGGAAGAAAAUGUAAGUGUUUCAGGAACAUGGUUUAAUUUUUGCAGGGCCGUACUGGGGCAAGCGCGAUCCACUGCACUGUGCUUUAUUUCACCACAGAUUGAUUUACCCUUUUUAUAUGCCUGCGAGUGGGAUCGGAAGCGUUCGUCACUCGGAGUGAAAAGCGGGUUUGUCAGAGUGCAUGGCUAUCACAGACCGCUUGCUCUUCCUUUUCUGUUGCUGGAGGAGACAGAGAAGGAACUGCUUGCUACCUUUCCUUUCGCAGGUUUAUUUAUAGCUUCCUUGUCUUGGACUUCUUAUAGACCGACAUUAGCAUGUUUCGUGUGUGCUGGUUUUGCAACUGCUUUUGGACCCAUGUGGUUCGCAGGUGUUUAUUUGUAGGAGAAACAACAGCUCCUGUCACAUUUAUGGUCUGCCUGUUGACAAAAAUGAGUGUCUUUUAAGAUGGAUUCAAAUGGGGCCGCGUCUCUCCAUGCUUCCAAAGCCUUUCCCAUGGGUCAGCAGUUAGCCCAGAAGCUCCUGCUGGGUUUUUCUCCAGGCUGUGCUCUCAGCGUGAGUUCUGGUUGGGGGGUUUCCUGCCCUUCUGCUGAUGUUUUACAGUGUGGGGGCCUUUGUCUUGGACCCUGGCCUUUGUUUUGGCUGUUAGUCUACAAAUGGUCAUUUAUCUGCUCCCGUGUUAAACGUGCAGGAAAGGGCUGGUUUCAAGGAACUCCCCAAUGCUGUGUCCCUUUAACACGAACACUAUACCUGCCUUGUGUUGAUAUUGUAACUUUUUGAAAUUAGUGAAUUUUUAAGAGACUUGAUUGUCUUGGAAAAAUAACACAGCCUACUCUUUGGUUUUUUCCAUAAAGUUAGAAGAGGUUAAAAGCAAGCUUUUAAUGAAAUUACCAUAUGUCACAACUUUAAUUAUAUGGAAUCAUUUCUGCGGCUGCAUAAUAAAAGCUUAUAGAAAACCUUCCGCAAAGAGGAUGAUGACAUUCUGGAGCCUCAUCUGUGCCCCCUCCCAUCCCAACCCUCAAAGCAAUUGCUGAGAUGCCAGUUUAAAAAAGCAAAAACAAAAAGCCUACCCAUUUUCAGGUCCCUGAGACUUUUUCAAUGUUAUAACGUUAAAUAAGCCACAGGACAGCAAGAGAACAAUGUGGAGUGGGCUCAGCUCCUGCUAGGGUUUAUUAAACUUCCAUUUAACAAGCCUACGGGAGGUAGUAUAGCAGCCUCAAGUCCUUGCACCUUUUAAUGUAAUCUUACCUCUGAGGUAUAUGACAGGCUUUACUGCAUCUACCACAGUAUCUACCUAGGUAUUGAUUCAUUAAGUAUUCAUCUGACAAAAUGGUAUAUGCCUAACUGCAACAAUACCUCUUUUUCCCUGAACUGAUUCUGUAAAAUCAACUUCAAACUGCAUUGGUGGUUAUCACUCAGCUUCGCCCACAUCACUGAUGUCACUGUUCCCAUAGUAAUGAAUGUACUUCAAAGAGAGGGAAGAGAGCAGACUAUUUAAAGAACAAAAAUUGGAGGAAAAAUAAGAUGAGAAUAAGAUGAGAACAAUGCUUCACGUGUUGGAAAUUUUAAGAGCUGCAUUCUAAAUAUUUCAUUUCAAAUUCGUUUCAAUCAAGCAUGGACGCCCUCAGACUGAAUUUCCAGACUUCACUUCAGCCUCCGUGAGCAGAGGAAGCUAUCCGAGUCUGGGUAGACACCACCAUGAAUGCCUUUACAAGGUCCAUUUGAGACAUUUUGGCUAUGGAGUGCCCCAUUAGACACACUUUUAAGGCUCAUUUUUCCAGCAGUGCUAGUCACCACUUGUUCGCCUUGAUGUCAAUGAGCUGUGGGUGGGAAUUCUCCAGCUAGCGAGUUUCCAGUCACUGAAGCAUCCCAAAUCCCUGCUGACUUCUGUAGAAUCAUGGCCUAGUUGCAGUUUGUUCCCUGAUUUAAAUUCAUGAGAAAUAAGACAGUGAAGCAACUGUUACUUGAUAAGCUAAAGUAACUAUGAAAGCCAAACAAUCCCUGCCCCCAUUUCACAACUGCAAUACCAUCUGUUCUGCUUAUUUUGGGCUGCACUGAGACACCUUCCCAGGAAUCCUGCUAGCAAGCCUGAACACCGCUUCAUUGCAGUGCGCUUAGCAAAGAUCCCGCUAGGGAAACACACGUACCGAAGGUCUCAGGAUAACACCUCAGCAAGGGUGAAAUCAGGAGUAUUGCCUCCCGUAUGCAUAAGGUGUCCGAGGAGAGCCUUCCUAGCCCUUUCUGUGUUCUGACCUCUUUUUGAUUUCAAUACCUUCGUGCUUAUUGAACAUGAGUGUCGUCUUCUGAUCAACUGGCUACUUAAAGCACAGUGACAGAUCAAUUAAAAGCAACAUUAUGUCACGCAAGCGCUGUCAUCUCUGAAUAGCAGUGUGUGCACAGAUGUCUCUCACAGCUGCAGCUGCCAGCAGCCUAAACUGCAUCUGUCCUUGUUUCUCAGCCCUUCUGAUGUCUUGGGUGAUGUUGCUAGAGUGCUUUUCCGAUAGGGAGAUUGAGUUUUGCUUUAUCAGGUGCAUGUUAAGUUUUCCUGGAAUUCUCCCUGUAUUGCUGCAAAUCCUGCUACUUGUCACUGAAGCUGUUUUAUCUCCUCACUUUAUAAAUAUUCUGCUGUUCUUAGCAUCACUGUUCUAACUAUUCAUUGUGUCUUUUUUCCUCCUUUACUGCCUCUUGAUAAUUGCAGGGAAGGACUGGUAAGUUUCUUUUAAUAGUAUUUUACGUUUUGGCUGCAAUCAGAGUUGGUUCUCUUUGGAAAUUCCCCAAAUUUGUCCAGAAGUCCCCAGGGCUCCCAGAGUAUGAACGUAAAUCCAAAGUAAGUUACUGUGGUUUGACAAAUUACUGCUAUCAGUUGAAGGGCAGUGACUGACCAUGUGAAACUAGUUUAAGUGAGCUUGUUUUGCUUCCCAAUUGCAGAGAAUCAGCUGAUGCUCUAUAGCUCUCUAAUUUUCAGGAACUCAGUUUGUUCAAGCGUGUGCUCAUGUUUUAGUACAGAAGAAAUAAGGAUGGAAGGUUUCCCAUUUUAAUCCUAGACAAAGACCCUUUCAAGCUAUUUCUGGCUAUUCAGCUAACUGACAGAUACUCAGCUGGGAUGGGCAUGAUGCACUACCGAUAAAAACCUCCUCAGUUUGUGUCCUGACUUGUUCAAUCAAAUGCUGUUCAUGCUAGCUAGGACAACGCUGAUCAAGAUAGUCUGUGGGACUUGGAUCCAAACCGCUCUGAAGACAAAGAAAACAAUACCAGAGUAUGCUCCUGGCUUUUCUUCUUCGUCCUACAUGCUGCCUUUGGUCUGAUAGUAUUAAAAAAUUGCUGGAAA